GGGAGCACACGACGGAAGAGCAGGAGUCUGAGCAGGAAGAUUGCCAGGAUUCUGGGGCCUUGUCUUUAUUUCAGUUGUCGCCUCUCAAUGAGCAGGACGACGAGAAAAGAAAGCACCGCGUGGGUAUGUCGACAAAUAGCAGUAACAACGUUUGCACCGACCUUGCCGUAUUUGCAGAGGAAAAGACACCGACACGUCAUAUCAGCAACAGCAUCGAGAAAAUCCCAGGAGGAUACUCGAGUCGACUGAGCCUCAUUCCCGAAAUCAGAACCACGGGUGGACUUCCGCCUGAGCAGCAACAACACUCAGAAGUGGACAAUUUUUACCAGGAGGAAACAGAGGCUGACGAUACUUUUCAAGAGAAAGAAGAUAGUACGGAUUUGAUCGAUAAGUCAACUCCUGAUACGUUGGUUCCAGAAGUUGUGGCCACAGGCGACGUUGACGCACAAUUGAUGGUUGAGGAAUUGGACACUCAAUCAAAAAUCGCGAGCGAUGAACUACUCAUUUCUUCAGACACCGACGAGGACACAUUGUCAGAUAUUGAAGAAGAUGACCAUGAAAUUAGUUCGCCAACCCCAGUGAUGCCUUCGACUCCUGUCAUACCACUCACUCCAACCUCGCUUACGCACACGUUUGCACACGAUGGUUCGGUGACAAACCACGUCAAGACAGAAAGUGUUGAAGCAGUUCUAAAAAUGCCUAAAGCUGCGAGGGAUGAUUUGCUACCAUCUCCUGAGGCUGGAGGGACACCUACCAAGGAUGACGAAGACGAUGAUCCUGGCUCGCCAACGCCAGUGAGACCUACAAGACUUAUCAUCCCGCUGACUACAGCUCCGGUGAUUGAAGAUACGAAGAGCCCAUCGAUGUCAUCUAGCGCAGACAUUGCUUAUUCUGAAAGCAAAUCCUUCCAGUAUGUGUCAAGUGAACCGGGGUUUGACUUGAAGGAUGGGAUCCUCCUUGUCAGCAAUCCUCCACAAGCCAACUUCGCAACGUACAAGAUAACGAUAACCGUAUCAGUCCACUUAAAAAAGGGAAAGCUACAAGGUUGGCAUGAUUUGGUUAUACCCGGACUUCCCAGAGUGAGGAAUGGCGAGAGUGGCUUUUUGAUCUUUCUGAUACCGGAAGGCUGUGGCAUGGAAUUUCGUACCACGAAUUUUCGCAGGAACAGGUUUGUGGAGAAUUGUUUCUUCGCCGAGUUCGCUAUUUCAGGGGAUCUCGUCAUUCCGCUGCGUGUUUGUGACUUGAGAUCUUAUGGAAUCGUCAAGGACUUCACUGUGGACUACGAAUUCAUAGCUGACCACGAUGUGUUGGAUGGCAACAAAGUGGGUGUUGCCUACAAUGCUGUAUGCGAGCUAAAGCUACCUAACCGCCGUAUCUGGGCCGAUAAAUGCUGCUUCCUCCUCGACAUUGAGGGGGGUCCUGAGGGCUUCUACCAAUACGAACUUGAUCAACCCUGCACGAAAUUUCCAAUCAUCUACCUGGCAUCAUGGAAUAGGCCAAUAGGCGCAGCUCACGUCCAAAUUACUUGCCCUCCAAAAACCCUGGAGAUGUUUUGCAUCACUUGGGAUGUUAAAGACCUCAGCCGACUGGAAACGAAGUGGCUUCCACGGAUCUAUCCCGGAUCACCUGGUGUUAACGGACAGGAGAGGCAGACUCUUCGAAAGAGGUUUAUCAAUGCCCUCGGCGUAGCUGACUGUUAUGAAAUCGUGGAAGCUGGGGAAGAUUAUAAGACAGUGGAAAACUCUGACUGUCCUGAGGUUUCCGUACAUUACGCGUGUGGGGAUAAUGGUGCAUCGCAGAACCAAAAGGCUGACGAGACCUCAGAUGAAAACGGUUCAUCGAGACUAUUAAUGUCAUUUACAUCGUCAUUAUUCUUGCUAUGGACUGUUAUGGUUAUUCUUGCCGUGGACGUUCGCGAUGUCCAACCUGAUAAUACCAACGUCAACACAGAAUACCACCCGUCAAAUUAUACCAUCGCUGAUCGUUCUCACGAGUGUAGUCCGGACACGAUCGAGAUGCUGGGCAUAGACUAUGGAAGUUUGGAGAAUGAGACAUCCAUUGAAGGAGAGAAAGCUGAACUGGAGACGUCAUCGGUAGUUGGAGAUAAGAGAGCGGAUGAACCCGAACGAACCGAAUCUGGUAUCAAUCCAAGCAUUUCUGCAAAUGAACGGUCCCUGAGAGACAGAGUCGACUACCUGCUUGGAUGGAAAGGACCUACAUCCUAGUCGAGAGAUGAGGUAGUGUAGGGUCCUUGAUUGAUUUGGCACACAUUGUAU